UUCUAAACAUAUCAAGAAAAUAAAAGUAUGUGUGACUUGGAACUGGUACUUAUGGAUUUUGCUUGCAAUAACCUAUCUAUUAUUGCUUGAUGCAGAAAAUUUUAAAGAAGAAUGAUGCUGGUGACCAUUUUCCACUAUAUGCUAUUUGCUUAGGUUUUGAGUUAUUAACAAUGAUCAUAAGCAAGGACCAGAAUAUUCUCGAAUCAUUUAAUGCAACAAACCAGGCGUCUACCCUUCAGUUUAUGGAAAACACACAAAUUGAAGGAACUGUGUUUCAAAGAUUUGCUCCAGACUUGCUUAAAAAGUUGAGUACAGAUUGUCUUGUCAUGCAAAACCAUCACUAUGGAAUUUCACCUGAAAGGUUUGAGGAUAACCAAAAUUUAACCAGCUUUUUUAAGAUCUUGACCACUAGUGCAGAUGAAGAUAAUAAGGUUUAUAUCUCCACAGUACACGCACACAGCUAUCCUAUGACUGCCUUCCAAUGGCAUCCAGAGAAAAAUGCUUUUGAAUGGGGCUUAUCAAUGAUCCUGCAAUCAGAGGAUGCAGUUCAGGUGACGCGGCAUGUUGCAAACCAUUUCGUCAGUGAGGCAAGGAAGUCAUUGAACCGACCACCUGCUCAACGUGUGCUCGACAAUCUUAUUUACAAUUACAGUCCCACUUAUUGUGGGAAGGCGGGGAAGGGAUACGAUGAAGUUUAUAUCUUUACCUAA